CUUGUCAACAUUGCGGCUUUUAUCUCUGUGGGAGCAUGGAUGCCAUUUCAUGAAUUUUCGAAUGCGGAAACUUCGCUUUCAGUCUGGCGCCUGAUCGUAAUUGCAAUCCUGGUACUGCUCUUUCGGAGGUUACCUGCAGUUGUAGCAUUGUACAAAUGGAUUCCCGAUAUCAAAACGUUCAGGGAAGCUAUUUUCACAGGUCAUUUUGGACCAAUGGGAAUCGGGGCCGUUUUUAUUUCAACGCUCGCCGCUGGGGUACUUUCUGAAAAUUCCACCGCACAACAGAAUCCUCAAACUGUUAUACUUACCCAGACCAUUCAGCCUAUCACAGCAUUCAUGGUGCUUUCUUCGAUCACAAUUCAUGGUCUAUCCAUUCCGUCAUUUUCUCUAGGACGUCGCGUCCACUCUGUUUCUCGUACUUGGAGUAGACAUGCCAGUGGACUCCCAGAAUGGGCAACUCAAGCCCGCCAUGUCACUGACAGAGAUGCUAUCGUGAUAAAUAGGGAUCGAGACGAAAGCGACGAACUGGAAAGGGGAGAACACACCCCACACGAAAAGUUGAGUCCGGAAGGUAGUUGGGAGCUCUCCAACAGAGGUUGA